UCGCAAGUGGAGAACAAGGCGGCCACCGCGUCCGCCAAGCGAUGACGACACACUUUAUCCCCUCCCCUCUUUAACAAGGCCGUCGGACAUUCCACACGUCAUUCACAGCGUAGAUCAACCCAGUUUUUAUGCCGAGAUUGAUGUCAUUUUUACCCAUUUUCUCGACUUUUUUCAUGUCGUUACAAACGAAAUGUAUAAAAGACAACUCUGACGCCAGAGACAACAAGGAGAUACAUGCGAAUCCAUCACUUCAGUCUAAAAAUCAAUUCCAACGGCAAAAGUGACAGGGAAGAAAAGAUCAAGAUAUACCCAACGUAGAAUGUCCGCUCGACAAUCAAGGUCACCAGAGCGAACGCAUACCAACGAACAUCAUCAUAAUCAUUCCGCACUUGAAAAAAGUAAAGGUCAUGACCUUGAUACACAAAAGGUCAAUGAUCCGAACUACAAGCCGAGGGGAUGGAUAGCCAGAAGUGAAUUCUGGACUUGGAACUGCUUCACAGUCAACAUGGGUACAGGAGCCGUCGCCAUCCUCGUAGGCGGCGUCCAAUUUCCGUUCAACGGCCAACGCGAGAUCGGUACCGUCUUCUUCAUGAUCGACCUCGUUGUCUUUUUCAUCAACGUCAUCGGCGUGGCUUGCCGUGCAGUCUUCCACUGGGCAAAUUUCAAAGAUUCCUUCUUCGACCAUUCGGAUGGGACGUACAUCCCCUGUAUCCUUUUGGCGGUAGCGACGCUCUUUGUCGGGAUUAUGGACUAUGCAGUGCCUCACUGUGGGUUCUGGUUGACGAGGGCGAUGUACGUGGUGUACUGGAUGUAUAUAGGGUGUAGUCUGGCGAUCGCAUUGAUCCUCGAAUGUACAUUGCGGGGACAUCAGCGUAAGCUGGAUACUAUAACCCCUGCAGACUGUUUGCUGUUCUUCCCGCUCAUGCUUUCCGGAACCAUUGGCAGUGCGCUUGCCAACAAACUGCCCCUCCAGGAAGCCGGCUAUGUCAUCAUCAUCAGCUACUGGCUACAAGGAAUGGGGAUGAUGCUCUCCCUAUUGAAAUGCUCCGUGUGGAUGGCGAGGAACAUGCUUCGCGUCAACCCACCGCCCUCUUCCCUUCCCGGGUACUUGAUCGCUGUCGGGCCUCCAGGAUUUACUGCCUUUGCGUUCUUAAAUCUCGGUAAUCUCGCGGUCGACGCGUUUCCGGCUAGCAACAUUCUUGCAUCUUCAAACGGAGGCCAGAUAUUCCAAGUCGUCAGUGUAUGGUACAGCUUUACCCUCCUCGGUCUUGCUCUCUAUAUCCUUUUCUCCACCCUGACCAUCUGGGUCUUUGGGCAGGCACUCGAUCGUAAAGUCGAAUGGUCGAUGGGGUGGUGGAGUUUUACUUUUCCCCUGACUGGCUUCUUCAUGGCUACUGCCCAAUUAGGCGCUCAACUACCAUCCGAGACGUUCAAGGUCAUCCAAGUAGUCGGAUGUCUGGCCGUCACAGUAGCCUGGUUCAUCAACUUUUACAUGACCUUGUACAGCAUCUUCAUCUCACGAUCCCUCGGAAUGCCCACAUUGUCGAAAAAGGAUGAGGAUGAAGAAGGGUACGAAAAGUAUGAUAGGCGGGCGGCGGCAGCAUGGCCGGGACAGACGCAGUGGGGUAUCCGACAGAGUAAUGGAAGAGCUGCGUGGGCGUCUACGACGAUUGAUGCGUAGAUUAUGAAAGAUUAUACGCAUAUAAGAUCAUAGACAUAGAUUUCUUAGUUGUCGUUAUUUUUACGUUCUCUAUACCAUUCCUUCACAUUAUCGUCAUGUCACAGUAAAUGCAU